UUUUCACCCCCCCCCCCCCUUCAGCAACCCCGCGGAUUCUUCUCCUUUACCGACAUGGCGGACAGGAGGCGGCGGAGGAGACGUGCGUCCCAGGAUAGCGAGGAGGAGGAAGAAGAGGAGUCCGGGAGUGAGAAGAGUCCGGCCACGACAGAGAGCGCUGCACAGCCCAGCAGCAGGACCGAGGGCCGGGAGCCGGUGCCCAGGAGAGGGGAGGCGGCCAGAGAUGGGAAGGAGUCUGAGUGUGAGAGUGAAGACGGUAUAGAAGGAGAUGCUGUGCUGUCAGACUACGAGAGUGCUGAAUCCGAAGAGGAAGAGGCCCAUUACAGUGAGGAUGAUGCCCUUAAAACUACCUUAAAAACAGAAGACAAUGCCACUGAGAACCCCGUCCCAAAAGAGGAAAAGCCCAAGUCAAAGGGAGCAGUGACGGGGGAGCGGCAAAGUGGGGAUGGACAGGAGAGCACCGAGCCAGAGGAGAACAAGACCAGCAAGAAGUCACAGAAACAGUUGGACGAUGAUGAGGACAGGAAGAAUCCAGCCUAUAUUCCUCGCAAGGGACUCUUCUUUGAGCAUGACCUGCGUGGACACACAAAUGAUGAAGAAGUCAGGCCAAAAGGUCGUCAUCCUCGCAAACUGUGGAAGGAUGAAGGUCGAUGGUCACACGAUAGGUUUCGGGAGGAUGAGCAAGCGCCAAAGUCUAGGGAUGAACUUAUAGCUAUGUACGGUUAUGAUAUCCGGUCAUGCAAAAAUCCAGAGGAGAUUCGCCCACGUCGACCAAGAAAGCCAAGGUAUAGCAGUCCUCAGAGGGAUGACCAAGAGGAAAAGCAUAUUAGACCUUCCAACCGUUACCAAGAGUCUGAUUCUGCCCCUCCACCGAGAAGCUACAACAAUCGCAGUGCUCCUAAUAACAGCAGAGCUCCACCUAAUAGGACCUAUCCUCGACCAGGGUACAAAGAGAAUCGGCCUUCCAAUUACCCUCUAGAAGAUGGCACUGCAACACAUUCUCCUUCAGACAGAAGACAGGAUUAUGGUGGUUACAGAGGGCGAAGUACUGAGCAGCCUCCACCACAGCCCUCCGAAAGCUCAACUGAAGUCCAAAAUAAAUCAGAACCAGCAACCGAGAAACAAGCAGAAGACCCGUCUCCUCCACCUCCAGACCGACCUGUAGAGAAAAAGUCCUAUUCCAGAGCUAGAAGGAGCCGGAUUAAGGGAGGAGAAGCAGGAAAGAGCAUAGAUGACACUACAUUCCCAGACUUGCCGCCUCCUCCUCUUCCUCAGAUACCUGUUGAGGUGGUUCCAGAGCCCACCCCUCCUAUUCCUGUAGUGAAAUCCAGUGGCUGGGAGCCUCCUGUAGAGGGCAGCGUGACAGGGCUGGAACAGGACAUGUCCCAGGUCAACAUUUCAGAUCAAAACUGGAGUCCUGGACAGUCCCCUUACAUUUCUGCACGUGGAAUUCCAAAUCAUAUUCACAUGACAGGUGGACCUCCCCAGUACAAUCGCAUGGAAGGGAUGGGUGUUCAAAGUGGACGUGUAAAGAGGUAUUCCUCGCAGCGUCAGAGACCAGUGCCAGACCCUGCUCCCAUGCACAUCAGCCUUAUGGAAGGACAUUACUACGAUCCAAUCCAAUUCCAGGGACCAAUAUACACUCAUGGAGAAAGUCCUUCUUCUAUCCCCCCUCAGGGGAUGAUUGUACCGCAAGAAAUGCACCUUCCUCACCCAGGUUUGCACCCGCACCAAUCUCCUGCUCCAAUGUCUACCCCAAACCUUUACCCUGGCCCAGUUUCUAUUCCCCCUGGGCAGCCUCCCCCUCAGCAGUUGUUACCUCCUCCCUACUUCACUGCUCCCCCUAGUGUCAUUAAUUUUGGAAAUCCAACCUACCCUUAUCCCCCAGGACCCCUUCCUCCACCACCGACUCAUUUAUACCCCAAUACACAGGCCCAGUCUCAGGUGUAUGGUGGGGUAACGUAUUAUAACCCCGUACAGCAGCAAGUUCAGCCGAAGCCUUCACCACCACGGCGCACAUCGCAGCCAGUCACUGUAAAACCACCACCACCAGAGGUCUAGUAUUUGUGUGACUUCACGUGCUACCCAGGAGCCUCCCUUAAAGGAAAACAGACAUUUGAAGGCAAAAGAGAAGAGCAGCUCCUGAGUUCAUGUAGUCAAAGCUUCCUUUACCAAGAAGUUUCCCGAAUUCUAGAAUUUUUUUUUUUUUUUUUUUAAAUAUAUAUAUUUUUUUGUUGUUUUACUGAAGAAAUCUCUCUGGCUGUGAGGGAUGACUCCAAUUUUAUAUGUUCAAGCUGUUCUACCGAACCUUGCACCAUUCACAAAUAUAAAUAUGUAAUUUUUGGUAUGUUGAUAGACCAUUCAUUGUAUAUUGUUUGGAUAUAUGUAAGAAAGUUUUUAGUUAUUUUUUUUGUUUGAUGCGUGCCUAAGUUCCUUCUGUCUUUGUACAGCUUUUUAUUUGGAAAAGCGCAAGUGAAACUGCUGCUAAAUAAAAAAAAAAAAAAAUUAAUUCAAUGGCUAUAUAAAAAA